UUGUCCCAGCCGUCUUGGACUGAGCGUACGGCUCUCCACCUCGCCACCGAGCACAGAAACGAGUCCCCGGGGGAUAUGGUGUUUGAGACUCCAGGCUUGCUAAGCACCAAGUCCUCCCAGGCUCUCGGCGCGCCGGAAGCGACCUAGCGCGCGCAGCCGGGCGACCAGCAGCCGCCUCCAACGUGAGCACCGCGGUCUCGGCCCCGCUCGCCGCGGCGCCCACGACCCCGCGAGGACUACGGCGGUCGCCGGGGAGGCUUGAAAAAAUGGCUAAAAGAAUUGCUGAGAAGGAAUUAACAGACAGGAACUGGGAUCAAGAAGAUGAAGCUGAAGAGUCUUUCUUCAUAUUUCAGUCUGAUAGUGGAGGAGCCUUUAAAGGUUUUAAAGGUUUGGUUGUACCUUCUGGAGGAGGAGGGUUUUCUGCAUUUGGUAGUAGCACUGGAGGGAAGCCUCUAGAAGGACUGUCAAAUGGAAACAGCACAACUAUCACCCCUCCCUUCACCAGUGCAAAGGUGGCAACAGAGACCAAGGCAGCCUUUGGUUCUAUUGCUGCAAAUGGCCCUACCACCUUGGUUGAUAAAAAGAUUUCAAAUCCCAAAACUAAUGGCGACAGUCAGCAGCCUUCCUCCUCUGGCCUUGCUUCUAGCAAAGCCUGUGCCAGCAACACCUAUAACAAGCAGUUGGCUGCCUUGAACUUCUCUGUCCGGGACUGGAUAGUGAAGCACGUGAAUGCAAACCCACUCUGUGACCUGACACCCAUCUUUAAAGACUAUGAGAAAUAUUUAGCAAACAUUGAACAGCAACAUGGAAACAGUGACAGUAAUAAUUCUCAAAGUGAAACUAACAAGACGUUGCUUGAAAUGCAAUCUCCUUCCCUAUGUGGUUCAACAAAAUUACAGCAAGAGUCAGCAUUUUUGUUCCCUGACAACAAAGCUGAAGAUACAUCUGAAAAGAAGACUGAGGUUGUGUCUGAAAAGAAAAUGGACCCAUCACUAGGAGCAACAAGUGCCUCAUUUAAUUUUGGCAAGAAAAUUGAUAGCUCUGUUUUGGGCUCACUAAGCUCUGGCCCCCUGGCUGGAUUUUCAUUUUCCUCUGGAAACACCAGUUUGUUUGGCAAAGAUACUACCCAGAGUAAACCAGUUUCUUUACCACUUUCCACUAAAACACUGGAGAGCCAAGCAGAAAGUGGCAGUAAUGAAUGCAAAGGUGAAGAUGAAGAAGAGAAUGAGGAACCACCCAAAGUAGUAGUUACUGAAGUAAAAGAAGAAGAUGCUUUUUACUCCAAAAAGUGUAAACUAUUUUACAAGAAAGACAAUGAAUUUAAAGAGAAAGGUGUAGGUACCCUGCAUUUAAAACCUACAGCGAACCAGAAGACACAGCUUUUGGUGCGGGCAGACACCAGUUUAGGCAACAUAUUGCUGAAUGUUCUGAUUCCACCCAAUAUGCCAUGUACCCGAACAGGGAAAAAUAACGUCCUUAUUGUCUGUGUUCCAAAUCCACCUGUCGAUGAGAAGAAUGCUGCUACCCCGGUCACCAUGUUAAUUCGGGUAAAAACUAGCGAGGAUGCAGAUGAGUUGCACAAAAUUUUACUGGAGAAAAAAGAUGCCUGAACACGUGAGAUCAACGAGAAAUUGUUGCCAAGUUGCUGCUUCCCCCACCGCCCCUUAAACUCAGUCAGUUUUUCUUCUCUUUGACAUUCUAAGAACUUAUAGAUAACUUAAAACUUUUGUGAGGAAGAUUAAUAUGGCCAAUAAAACCUUUAAAUAGUAAGUGUCAAGAAACUGUAUUCUCCCUUCUUAAGAACUGUCUAAUGUGUAAAAUACAUUUCAGUGAAAUUUUUGGAAGAUUUUUUAAAGUUCAUUUGUUUAUUAAACUAACCAUAAGUGAUUUCUUAAAGGACUGAAAUCAGGGUAUCGAUUAGCUUUCCCAAAGGCUCUUGCGACCCACGGCUGUUCUGGUCUGUUGCCGCCGCAGGCGAGGCUUUCCGAUGGCCACGUUCAAGCUGCGUCCAGAGAGAAACUUGCCUGGAUGGUUCUUAACCUCUCCUGUGGGCUUGACUGAUUUGCGAGACGAGCACUCUUAACCAAAUGAACCGUGCUGCCGUGCUGUGACAGACGUGUGUGCGUUUUGCUUUGUUAAGUUUUAUUUUUAAGCUGAGAUGUGAGUACGAGAUGUUCACCUUCGGCAUUAGAGUCACGAGUCUAUUGUUCGCAGACAUUGGCCUUUACCCCUGUGGGCUGCUUUAGUAUAAUUCAGGAACUGCUUUUUCAUUUGGAAAGGAAAUGAAUAGCUUGUUGAGGAGUUGCUUAGUUUUGUAGAUUUGGGUUUGUAGUUUUAUUCAUGAGGUGCUGUUACUUCUUUAUCCCCAUAAAGACAAAAUUAAGAUAGAGGGGGGCUUGCCAGGAAUGGGUUUUAAAAGCACAAAUUUGGUAGCUUACCAUUUUUAGACCAUGGACAGUAAACCCAUAAAAGAAACUUGAGUCAAAGUGAAACCAUAUUAGAAAAGGAAGAUAAUGAUGCUUAUGGUCCUUUGUACCAUGAUGGCGUAUAGAAAAGCUGCCUGUUAAGUACAUAGGAAUUUUGAUUACACACGAGCCAUGUGAAUUCACUAGGAAACGUGUAAUAAGGUGAUGGAAGAGAAAAUUGAGUGUGUAAAUUUUGCUUUUAACUUUAGACAGCAGUAUAUUAUACAUUUGAUAUCUGCAAUAUCCAUUUACUUUUUUACAAGUAAGAUAUUCGGUAUGUCCAUUUGGAAGGGAGCCUGGUUAUGCACAAGGAUAUCCCUGUCACUUCUCCAGAGCUGUCAGGUGACGACCGCUAGCAUUCUUUGAAGACUCUGGGCACAUGAAUCAGAUGCAGAAUUUAAUGUUUAAAUUUCUACUUUCAUUUCUCAUGAAUCAUCUGAAACUGGUAACUAGCUUAUCUUACUUAAAGGCUCAGGUUCGGGGCCCAAGGGCUCAGCCUUGCAUAUUCUGAUCUUCGGUGCAUGAGGUGUUCUGACUUAGAGGAGCAGUCAGAAUAAUUGUGGAUGGUACAGUUGCUUUUUUAAAACUACAACCUUUAGGUGUAAAAUGGGGGUCAGUUUUAUGGUCAAAUAUGGUUAACUCUUCAGUACAUGGGUGUGGUAUUUGGGCCAGCGUUUAUCGUGAGAUUCUUGUUCUACUUUCAUUUUUUUGGUUCCAGUGAGAAUUUGGCCCAGUGUAAAUACAUGCAGAGAGAGGUGUGCUUGCACUGCUGUGGGAUGUGGUCAAACUUUUAGCUAUACUAUGCGACCUAGGGAGGAAGUGAUAAUUAUUUUCAUAUUUACUUUUUAGAAUUGAGAACGUUUGUGAGUUUUUGUUACAGAUGAUUUAUAGUAAACAUGUGGUUGUACCCAAUUCACAUCAGGUUUAUCCAACUUUUAAAAAGAUGAAGAGGAAAUAAGGGGAACAAAUUCCAGUACAUUGCAGCGUAGCCACACACGCUCCCGGGGUGCCAGCUUGGAAUCGUAAACUCCAGGCGUCUUUAGGAACACUUCAGCGUUGAUGCAGUAUUUUGUUAUUGUCUGCAUGUGUAAUGGAAUGUUUACAAAAAAUGGCAUGAAAAGAUCAUGAUUGGAUUACCUUUUAGCUGCCCUUCCCAUAAAAAUAGUUUAUAUAUUUUUAAAUUAGUGGAUAUGUGUGGCUUUCUUUUUUUCUAACAUUCCCAGCAAAUUUUGCUGCUAAGACUAUCACUGUUAAAGUGAAAAUUACAGGGAAAAAUGUGAUGUGUAUACCAUAACUCAAAAUGUGAUAUUUUCUUAAAAUCACUCUUUUGUGCUUUAGGAACUUGUUGGUCUCCAUUUUAAUUAUGUAUUAGUAUAAAAGAACCUAAGUAUAUGUGGAUUUUAUUGUAAAAUCUAACCCCUGGAGGGCUUACCUAUUUUUCCCCACUGUGUUAACAGCUAAUUCUGACCUGUGGGUUAUUUUAGUUUGAUUUGUUUUUAACAAAAUAUUAGAAAUUAGGCUUAAAAAUGUUUAAUGUGGACUGAAAUUUUCAUCUUUAGUUUGAGAAUCCAUAAAUUGUAUCAUAUAUGUGGCCUAAAGUAAGGUGUGUAUUUUUUUUGUUAAUUCUAAAAUUGCUUUGCAUCUUGACAAAUAACUAAGUAUCCCAGUGGCCUUUUUUUUAAACUGAUGUAUCCAUCCAUCUCAUCCUUUCGUGCAUUCCCAGUAAGCAAAAAAUUUGUUGUGCCGUCUUCAUUAUUAGAAUUACAGACUAAAAUCAUGUCCAGUUUUUAAAGUUUAGGUUGUGUUUUCCAUGGAAGGACAAGUCUGGCCAUUCAGGGACUGAUUGUUCUUUAAGAGGAUUGUUCUGUUUUACAGUUUCAAUUCUAAAUCACAUUUUAAUAUGCUGCAUGCCAAAAA